AUGGAACCCGUCUGGUGUUUCAUGCGCCCACCAAGAACCAUUCAAAUGUUGGUGAAGCUUAAAGGAAUGGGACAGUUGUCAGUGAUAACACUUGUGUUGUGCAUAGUGAAUGUUUCGUUAUCAAAACCUUACGCAAAUGAUUAUCCAUAUCAAAAGUACGGCUACAAUCACGAAUCAUCAGCAGGUGAUAAUGACGAAGCGCGAUAUAUAAAAAGUAAAUUGUAUGAUGAAGGUGGUCGAUUGAAAGCCAAUUCUGACACUGGAUUAACUUAUCAUCUCGAUUCAAAUACGAACAAGCAUAAUCUUCAUCAAUUAAAACGUGGAAGCAGCACAGAUAAUCUUAAACAUGAACAAGGUGAAAAUUUCGAAACUGAUAAGUCACAUAAAAGGAAGCAUGUUAAGUCUGGUUUUCAAAACUCGUAUCACAAAGAUGAGAACGGUUCGCGUUCAUCAUACUACGAAGAUUCGGAUGACACGGGUGGUAAAACUGUUUACGACAAGAAACAUGGCACACGUGGUGAUCAACAAGAUUCUGAAUACAAUGAAGGGUUGAAAAAUGGAGUGUCGCGUGAUAAAUACGAUGAUAGACGAACGGGAUUUAAAAAUCGUGAUCUUGCUGAUCGUCAGCAAUCUUACAUCGAAGAUCAAGGCAAACAACACGGUUACAACGACAUUUACAAACAUGGCGUGGAUGAUCGAUUUCAGAUAAUUCGUCGACCAUAUUCAGAUUAUCGUCGUCUUCCAUUGAGAGAUAUUGACGAUGGUUAUGAUCGAUACAAUGCAAAGGAUCAUUGGGGUUACAACAAUCGACUUCCACCACCUCCACCAUUAAACGAUCAUCUUCGUGAACCAAUUACAUCCCCCAGCCGAGAUUUCGCUAAUCGUGAUUAUCCAAUUCGUGAUUCACCAAUUCGUGAUUUACCAAUUCGUGAUUUACCAGCUCGUGAUUUCCCCAAUCGUGACUUCCAAACCCGUCGAAGGAUUACAAUCUUUGAAGAUCCACGUGAUGAACUGAUCGAUCCUAAAGUUGAUCGCUUACAUGACAAUGGAAAUUUCAUGACAAGAAGUGAAGUGACAAGAAGAUUUGACUAUGGGCCGUCGUUAGAUCGCGAUCGAACACCAAUGAGAUUACGUUAUAGAGGAUUAUGAUUUAUAAAUAUGAAGUUAAGUAGAUAAUUAAGUUUGCAAAUUCUCAAAUAAAGAGACG